GCGCCAGCCGAAGAAGCAAAGAAGCGCAGCCGACCACGUUGAGCCGGGUGCAAGCUUUGUGAUUUUCGAUCGUUGAUUAGAUAUUAGUUCAUUUUGCAUCGAGCGUAGACAAAGUGUGUCACACGUCGUAAUAGGAACCAAUUAGAACAAAAUGAAGCCACUUAUUGUGCUUUGUUGUGCGAUAGCACUGGCGUCCGCGCGUCCGGAGGCCGGAUACAGCUAUAGCCCGCCGUCGAGCUCCUACGGCGCGCCUAGUGGCGGCGGCGGUGGUUUCGGCGGUGGCGGUCAUGGAGGCGGCGGCGGCGGUGGACAUGGAGGCGGAGGUGGAUUCGGAGGAGGCGGUGGAUUUGGCGGCGGCGGAGGUUUCGGAGGCGGUGGAGGAUUUGGCGGAGGUGGUGGAUUUGGAGGCGGAGGCGGAUUUGGCGGCGGUGGUGGAGGUGGAUUUGGAGGCGGCGGAGGCGGUGGUUUCGGCGGAGGAUUCGGCGGUGGUACCACCGUGCAAAAACACAUCUACGUCCAUGUGCCACCACCAGAGCCCGAAGAGUUCAGACCACAGCGACCGAUUCAGGUAGCCGCCCCACAGAAACACUACAAGAUCAUCUUCAUUAAGGCUCCAUCGGCGCCAACGCCAACCGCACCAGUCAUCCCACUCCAACCGCAAAACGAAGAAAAGACACUCGUCUACGUUCUGGUCAAGAAACCGGAAGAAGCGCCCGAAAUCAACAUCCCACAACCGGUGCCCACACAACCCAGCAAACCCGAAGUCUACUUCAUUCGCUACAAGACCCAGAAGGGAGCCGGUGGUGGCGGCGGAUUCGGCGGCGGUGGCGGUGGUGGAUUUGGAGGUGGUGGCGGCGGUGGAUUCGGAGGAGGCGGCGGCGGUGGAUUUGGCGGUGGCGGCGGCGGCGGAUUCGGCGGCGGCAUUGGCGGAGGACACGGAGGCGGCGGCGGAGGUGGUGGCCACGGCGGUGGUGGCGGCGACAUUUCAUCCAGCUACGGCCCACCGGGCAAGUCUGGUCCGUACUAGACUCCAUCAGCCAGCGAUCGCGAUCAUCUAUCGGCCGGCAACCGGUUUGCACAUCGCGCAAGUCGUGCAAAUCGCGCGUUGGCCGAUCUGCCAAUGUGACUUAUCUUUACGGGUUCGACGGGCACACACCGGCGCAAUUCGUAAAUUCGUGUAAAUAUUUUCGUGUGCAAUAUGUUUUAAUAUGUUAUAAGCUCUUUUAUUGUAUUUUAUUAUUGUAUUUUUGCUACAAUACGGUGACAAUAAAUGU